AUGUUCCCGGGAGGGGAUUCCCAGCUGUUCAAUUUUGGAGGCCCGGAGAGGAACGAAGGGGGAGACCCGGGGGAGGAGCUACAAAAUGAAACCCACAGGAGGCUAAUAAACUUCCCCACGUCGCUGAAUGCGAAUUUCGCGCGCCCCGUGCUGGACUUCCAGAAGAUUGAGCCCUCCUACUUUUUAACCAACGACUUGAGCAGGCGCCCCGCGGGGGGGGAAGCGGCAUGGGAGAAGGAGGAGGAGGGGGGCCCGCGCGAGGAAAUCACCUUCGAGAAGGAAGUGGACGAAGAAAGAGAGCACAAAAAAAGGAUCACCCUCUUCGACCUCUCAGAGGAACAGAAGGAAAAAGUUAAACACUUUAAAAUAAAAAAAGUUUUACAAAAUGAAGUUUAUUUGAAAAAAAAUAAAAUUUUAAAAUACCUGGUGCACAUGUUUGUGUGCGAUCUGCUCAGGGAGAAGCCGGACGACAUCUACGAGUUCGCCGCCUGCUACUUCACGCACCCCCAGUUGCGCCAGAGCGUCGCGCGCCGGCUGCGCGGAAUGAUUGGCGGGCCGUGA